AUCAAAAUGUGAGAUGCUGCUAGUACUCUAAUGAAUCUUCUGCUAGAUAUUUAUUGCAUAUAAUUAUUGUUGUAAAUGAUUCAAGUUUCUAUUAUUUAAUAAUUGAUUGUUAAAUAAUAAAAGUUAUUUUUAAAAUAUGGCAGAAAUCCUUCGACGAAAAGUACUGCAUCAAUUUAAAAAAUUACACAGGACUAGGUUAAAUACAUUUAAAGGGGAUGAAUAUGCAUUGGGAGUUGUGAGGGCUAAAAUAAAUGAAGAAUACCGAAAAAAUAAAGAUAUUAUGAAUCAUGCUGCUAUAGAAGAGUUAAAUAAAAUUGCGCAAGAAGUUGAGCAUGAAAUACGAAUGACCAUAAUCCAAGCAGUCGAAAAGAAACCUGGAAUAUUUGCUCUUCGAAUCACACCAGACAUGUUAACGGACAAUGCAACGUGUAUAAGUUCGUUUAGUUCAGAUAAUAGUCAAAGUAACCUAGCUAACAAAAAACCUAUAUGCGGAGAAAAUAUCAAGAAAUCGUAAUUUUUGAUAGAUAAGUUCAUUAAGAAAAUAAUUUGCUAGAUUAUGUAUAUAAUGAUUAUAUUAAAGCUAUACAUUUGUAUAUAGUAAAACUCUUUUAAGUGUCA